AACAAAUAGCAACUCCGCCAGACGCCACUAGAGUUCUCCUUCUCCCAAGGAUCCGUGGCUUCAUCCUUAAAUCCUGUUUACCCCCGGAAAGCUAGAAGUGUGGACAGCCAGGAGAAGAAGAAGAAGAAGAGAGGAAAAUUCAGACACAAUAAAAACUCCGAUGGGGGGGAAAAAUAUGUAGAAGGAGGAGGAGGAGGAGGAGGGAGCCGCGGCCUGGGGGAAGGGAACGAAAAGUUUCGCCUGGGUUAACUUCUCUUCCUCCGCCUGCAGCAAGAGAAAGCGCAGCAGUCAAGAGCACAAGCUAAACAGGUAAAGAGGUCAUGGCACGCUUAACAAAACGGCGGCAGGCAGAUACGAAAGCUAUCCAGCAUCUUUGGGCGGCUAUAGAGAUCAUCCGAAAUCAGAAGCAAAUUGCUAACAUUGACCGCAUUACAAAGUAUAUGUCGCGGGUUCAUGGUAUGCAUCCCAAAGAAACCACACGUCAGCUCAGUUUAGCAGUGAAAGAUGGCCUUGUUGUUGAAACUUUGACAGUGGGAUGUAAGGGAUCAAAAGCUGGUAUUGAGCAAGAAGGAUAUUGGCUGCCGGGAGAUGAGAUUAGGGCCCUUGGAUGCAUGUCCUCAGAGGAGCUACCAGACAAGAGUCCAGGAGGCUCAGCCUACAGUAUGCAGCCUUUCUCCAGGACAACAGCAAAAAUCAAGGACUGGGAAACAGAAACUCAUGACUGGUAUUGUUUUGAAUGCCAUUUGCCUGGAGAGGUGUUGAUAUGUGACCUGUGUUUUCGUGUAUAUCAUUCCAAGUGUUUAUCUGAUGAGUUCAGGCUUAGAGACAGCAGUAGUCACUGGCAAUGCCCAAUUUGCAGGAGCAUUAAGAAGAAGAAUACAAGCAAGCAAGAGAUGAGCACGUAUUUGCGCUUCAUUGUUUCCCGUAUGAAGGAACGAGCUAUUGAUCUAAACAAAAAAGGAAAGGACAACAAACACCCAAUGUAUCGCAGACUGGUGCACACAGCUGUUGAUGUUCCAACUAUACAAGAGAAAGUAAAUGAAGGAAAGUACAGGAGCUAUGAGGAAUUCAAAGCAGAUGCCCAGCUGCUUCUGCACAACACAGUGAUUUUUUAUGGAGCGGACAGUGAGCAAGCUGAUAUAGCCAGGAUGCUGUACAAAGAUACGUGCCAUGAGCUGGAUGAACUUCAGCUUUGCAAGAACUGUUUUUAUUUAUCCAAUGCACGUCCUGACAAUUGGUUCUGCUAUCCUUGUAUACCCAAUCAUGAGCUGGUUUGGGCUAAAAUGAAAGGUUUUGGAUUCUGGCCUGCCAAAGUCAUGCAAAAAGAGGACAAUCAGGUUGAUGUUCGCUUUUUUGGCCAUCACCACCAAAGGGCCUGGAUCCCUUCUGAAAACAUUCAAGACAUCACAGUUAAUAUACAUCGGCUGCAUGUAAAACGCAGCAUGGGCUGGAAGAAGGCGUGUGAUGAGCUAGAACUGCACCAACGCUUCCUUCGAGAUGGCAGAUUUUGGAAAUCAAAAAAUGAGGAUAAAGGAGAGGAGGAAGCAGAGUCCAGCAUUUCUUCUACAAGCAAUGAGCAGCUAAAGACUACUCAGGAACCAAGAGCAAAGAAAGGACGACGUAAUCAAAGCGUGGAACCCAAAAAGGAGGAACCAGAGCCUGAGACGGAAGCAGUGAGUUCAAGCCAGGAAAUCCCUCCAAUGCCUCAGCCCAUCGAAAAAGUGUCUGUAUCGACCCAGACCAAGAAGUUAAGUGCCUCUUCUCCAAAAAUGCUGCAUCGGAGCACCCAAACCACUAACGAUGGAGUGUGUCAAAAUAUGUGCCAUGACAAAUACACCAAAAUCUUCAGUGACUUCAAAGAAAGAAUCAAGGCUGAUCACAAGCGGGAGACUGAGAGGAUUAUGCGAGAAGCUAUUGAGAAGUUGCGUACAGAAAUGGAGGAAGAGAAGAGGCAAGCUGUGAACAAAGCGGUUGCAAAUAUGCAGACUGAAUGUGACAGAAAGACAAAGCAGGUGAAGGAGAAAUGCAAAGAGGAGUUCUUAGAAGAAGUUAAGAAGCUAGCGACUCAGCACAAACAACUGAUUUCGCAGACCAAGAAGAAGCAGUGGUGCUACAACUGUGAAGAGGAGGCGAUGUAUCACUGCUGCUGGAAUACUUCCUAUUGCUCCAUCAAGUGUCAGCAGGAACACUGGCACGCCGAGCACAAACGCACCUGCCGCCGGAAAAGAUGAACUCUUCCUCUGGCUACCAAGAGUCACCCUGAUUGAGUGCUGUCCUCUUACACAGCAGGUUUUGGGGUGGGGGGUUGUUUGUAAAAUUUGUUUCCAGGGGGUCAGAAUUGUGUAGAAUUCAUUCCCCAAUGUCUUUCCUUUUUUUUCCCCCCUUUCCCUUCUUUUUGUUUUUGCACCAGCCUUCAAAACACUUUUCCGUAAUAAACUUUUUUGCACAGUUAAAUUCCAGUCUUGGGUUCUAAUGCUCCUCUCAGAUUGUCCCCCCCCCACCUUCAUUUUCAUAAGACGAUUUGAAGCUCAGCUGGAGCGCAUUACCUUUUGAUAAAAUUUAACCUAGGAAACGUGUUGCAGUUUCAGCAAAUAAAAAAGAAAGAAAAGCAAUGUUUUUAGGUUUCAUAGAAACGAAGAAAUAUAAUGACAGGAACGUAUUAAAGAAGUCUGAAUGUAAGAAGUUUAAAACUGCUAAGAAGAAGAAGAAAACGUACUACCUGGAUGUAAAACUUACCUGUUAAUCAUAUGAGCUGGUUUUGUUCAGCUUAAUUUACUGUUAAAAGGCAUUAUCUAUUGGUUUGUACCACUGGGUAUACAGUUGAAUUUUGGGAACAGGGUUGACGCUGCAGGUGCUAGUCCUGCAUAUAUUUUUUUUCUUAAAACUUUUUUCCCAAUUGCGUUUGUUUCAUUAUUAUUAUUUUUUUCAAUAUAUAGCUUUUAUAACAAAAAAAAAUUAGCUUUGAUCUUAUUGCUUAAAAAAAUCACAGGGGACUGGGAUAGCCUUUUGCUGAGCCAGACCUUAGGGGAAAAUAUUUAAAUUUAAAAUUUUGCACAUUUCAACCUUUUAACACGAAUGCUUAUAAAAAGAAAGCCAAAAAAAAAAACACAAAAAGAAUGCCCAGUUUUACGUUUAGUCAUGUAUAUGCAUUUAUAAAGAUGAGGCAUAAGAAGAAAACAAGCUUACAAGUUUGUCCCCAAACACCCCCUUCCCCAUAAAUCCCUACCAUAUGGACUGUUAUUUGUCUGAUCAUUAAUCUACAUUGCUACAGUACAUCUAUUAGAAGUUGCGGGAUGGGGGGGGAAGCACUUAAGUUUCACGGAAACAAUUAUCUGUAAUAAUUGGUUAUUGCCACCUCUAUACUUAGAAUGAAGAAUAAUGCAUGUUAAUUUUCCUGUAUUAAAGAUGCUGUGAUUUGUAAAAAGUCUGUCUUUUGCGGAAUGUCUGGAUAAAGAAGCGUUACCCAUAGGAAUGGAUCGAUAGUUGAAAACUGAUUUCCCUCCUUCCUUCCUUUUGUUUAUUUUAUGUAUAGGUAUAUAUAUAAAUUGCAUCCAUGUUCAGAGACAAUUUUUAAUAAUAGGUGUAAAGUUUAUUUAACCAACUUUUUCUUUUAAAGCUUCUCACUAUUUUUAGGUUUCUUUCAAAAUUGCAGUCUUAGACUCAAACCUAACACCCAUUAAUCAUCUAGCAAUGUUUUCAAGUUUUACAACAAAAAAGUAAUUUGUAAAUAUUUAUUUAGAUCUUGGAUAUUUAUUGAAAGCGAAGACACAAUGGAGUAACGGAAGUGGAAGAAAGGCUCUUUUUAAAAAGUUUCCUCUGGGUUUUAUCAGGGUCAGUGUGAGAUUUGUGCUCAUGCUAAGCCUUCUGUAUGCUGUCACUACAAUCUAGAUCAUACCUAUGCCACAGCAGUGGUAAUAGGAUAACAGUUUAGCUGCCAGCUAACUCCCCACACCAGAAAAUAAAUUAAAUCAGAAAUCCAGACCACAGAAUUUAAUUUCAGCACAGUAAUGUAGUGAUACGGUAAUGUUCGCUCCGGUUAAGGAACUUUUGCAGACACAAAUAUUCGCAGGGAUCUCUUAGAUGUGGACAGUGCUCCAUUCAUUCUAGUGAGCAAAGUAGCUUCCUAUAUACACACAAAACCAUGUCAGUUUGCUUCCUCUGUUAAAAUGUAUGGAGCAGCUGUUACGAAGAGGGAAACUCCAUAUAAGCUUUGGAGUUUUCUGUGUCCAGAAAAGAAUGCUAGGUUGUUUAUCUACUAACUCCUGCCUAGUGACUUAAUAUCCCUAAUAAAUGAGUAAAUGACUUUUGUUGCUGUGUUGUGACUAUAAAGGAAGCCAUCAUUAAUACUACAAGUGCAACGAAAGAAAUACUUUGAUUAUUUUGCAGAUUCCCACAAUGAACUUCGGUCCAACCCUAUAAAAGCAAGUUUUUGUGAAAAACUCUUUUGGUGUAAAAUCAUUCCAGGAUAUGUAAUAUUUAACUGAUAGCUGCAUGAAAUUUGUGUUCUUUUGGCUCUCUCUCUCUUUUCUUUUUUUUCCCCUUUUUCUUUUUUGUCUCUGUUGACACGGUUGCACCUUUUCAAGUUACUACAGUGUGAAAACUGUGUGUUUUUUAAGAAAAAUCAACAAACGAAUAACAAAAAAAAUUGUGGCCUGGUUUUGUAUAAGUUUUAGGGGGAAAUAUUGUUUUAGGAAUCCUGAUUUUAAAAAUAUUUUUUCCUGCAAAUCAUAAAUCUAUAUUAAGGUGUUGAGCUUAGCCACUAUGCACAUUGUAAUUUACUCAUUGUGGCUGUCCAGUUCUAUGAUGCAUUCUGGCAUUUUGUAAGCUGCUCUGACUAGCAAUAUAUAGAGUCAUUAAAUGUGUUAACAUUGGUUAAUAAAUGUAUUUGAAAAGGCA